AUGGAAGAUUGGGAGGAAGCACACGAAGUUGUCAAAGCCGAUAUCAAUCAGCUGAAAGACCAGAUAGGGCAGAUCCUUACUGCUCUAGAAUCUCUUAAGACUGCGGGAGAUUCCUCAUCAGCACGAAUCAAAGGGAAUACCCCCCCUUGUCCCCCAAAGUUUGAUGCCUUGAGCCCAUCGAUUUCAUUCCCGAUGUAUGGCCUACCCCCAGGAUAUACUCCCCCUCUGGAAGAUUACUCGGAAGCGGAAGAUGCGUCUUUCUCUUUCCCCCAAAUCAUCAAUGUACCGUCCGUCGGUACUCAGGGUCCUGUCCCAGUUUCGGCACCCAUGACCGGUGUAACUACGAAUGAGUCCAUCGCAGUUGAAGGAACGCGGGUAACUGUAAUGCCACGCGUAAUGGUCAAGAAGGAUCCUUCAAUCGAGGUCGUGCCACAUACCACAGUGGUUGGGGGGAUCGAUAGCUUCAUUGGAACUAAGAAUAAGUUGGAAAUUUUGGAAGAAAGACUUAGAGCUAUAGAAGGAGUCGAAAGCUAUGGAUUCGGCGAUGUUGCAAGAUUGAGUUUAGUGCCCGGCAUAAAAAUACCGCACAAGUUUAGGACGCCAGAGUUUGAGAAAUACAAGGGUAAUACGUGCCCUAAAAGCCACUUGACUAUGUAUUUCAGAAAGAUGGCCGCGUAUGCCUAUGAUGACAAGUUACUUAUCCACUUUUUCCAAGAUAGUUUGGCUGGGGUAGCUUUGAACUGGUAUACUCAAUUAGAGCCGUCUCGCAUACGUUGUUGGGUGGACCUAGCUGACGCCUUUAUGAAGCAAUAUAAGUACAAUAUGCAGGUCGCACCCGGCAGGCUACAAUUACAAAACAUGGCCAAGAAAGAAAAUGAAACUUUCAAGGAGUAUGCUCAACGUUGGAGGGAGUUAGCUGCACAGGUUAAGCCGCCUCUAUAUGACAAGGAGAUGGUGGCAAUGUUUAUGAACACGCUCCAACCACCGUUUUAUGAACACAUGGUCGGGAACGUGUCUUCCAAUUUCGCUGAUAUCGUCAUAAUAGGCGAAAGGAUAGAAAUUGGGUUGAAGAAUGGGAAGAUUACGGGUGGCCCAUCUGCAGUGGAAAACUCUAAAAAGAAGCCCUCUUUCAAUCCGGGAAAGAAGAGAGAAGGGGAUGUGCAUGCAACGUCGACAAUGCCCGUAUGGAGAGGUCAGGCUCUUAUUCACAAUUAUAGACCAUACCUAGGCCAACCUCCAUAUGCAGCCAAUGCAGCUUUUGCUCAUCCGAUUAGGCCUCAACCACAACAAGGAUUUCAUCAAUCGCAACCUAUCACAAGCAAUGAUUGGAGGACUGGGCCAAGUGCAAAUCCAAAUCUGAAUGCAAGUCAAGGCACUUACCCGGGAAGAACCCAGGAAAGAAACUUUGUCCACUUCACCCCCAUCCCUAUGACUUACACUGAAUUAUUACCUCACCUCGUCAAAAAGGGUUUGGUUGCUAUAUGCCCAAUGACACCCAUGCAGCCUCCAUACCCUAGGGGUUAUGAUGCCGAUGUCAAGUGUAGUUAUCAUGGGGAAGGCGUGGGUCACUCAACUGAGAGGUGUAUGACCUUCAAGCGUAAAGUGCAGGCCCUAAUUGACGUUGGAUGGCUAAAAUUUCAAGAAGAUAAACCUAGCAUUGAUACUAAUCCGUUAUCCGGACAUGGUAAUGCCUCGACAAAUGCCAUUGAGGUUACGAAGCAUGAACUGAUAAGGGAUGCAAGUAAGAUCCGAAGUUCCAGAAGGUUUAUUUUCAAGGAAUUAUUGAAGUUAGGUUUUUUAAACAGGGAUUAUGAUUUGGGGAGAGCAUGUGGGCUUCAUCCAUGCACGGAACACUCUAUCGAGGAAUGCGUUGAAUUCGAAGAGUUGCUACAAGAUCUACUUGAUAGGAAUUUGAUGCAAGUAUGCUACGAAGACGAGGAUGAGGAGGUGUUUGCACAAACUGGUAUGGAGUCUGAUGUAACUUUGCCAGAGCCGUUGAUAAUCUGUUUCACUCGAGCCAUCCCUACACCAAUAAUUCAAGGAAGAUCACCCGUUGUCAUUCAUACACCAGUUCCCUUUCCUUACAAAAGCGAGAAAGCUGUCCCUUGGAGGUAUGGAACACAUGUAGUCGACGAAGGACCGUGCAUUGAAAGUCAAUUCUCUAGCCAGGAUCCAGCUGUUGAAAAUAUAUCAGGCAUCGGCGGAAUGACAAGGAGUGGUCGAAUCUUCACGCCACCAAACUUGACAAGAAGAGGAGCUAGCAAUAAUGAAACACCGAUGGAGGCAAAUACUAAAGAGCAUUUAAAAGGGAAAGGGGUGCAGGCAGAAGAGACCCCUGACAAGGCGGACAAGAAAGAAAUCUCUGAGGGAGAGGCUUGCGAGUUCUUGAAAUUCAUACAACAAAGCGAGUACAAAGUGGUGGAACAGUUGAAUCGUAUGCCUGCCCGGAUAUCCCUGUUAGAGUUACUCAUGCACUCGGCCUCCCAUAGAAAACUGUUGAUGAAGAUACUGAGCGAGGCCCAUGUGGAACAAGGCAUUUCCCUGAACCAAUUCGAGGGCAUUGUCAGCAACAUCAAUGCUAAUAACUACCUCACCUUUACUGAUGAGGAAAUACCUGAGGAGGGGAGAGGGCAUAACAAGGCUCUCCAUGUCUCAGUGAAAUGUUUGGACCACGGCAUAGCACGCGUGUUGAUAGACAACGGCUCCUCCCUAAAUGUCAUGCCCAAAACGACAUUAGAUAGGCUACCUUGUGACGGAGUACACAUGAAGCCAAGCUCUAUGAUUGUGAGAGCGUUUGACGGUAGCAAAAGAGAAGUUAUGGGAGAAAUAGAAUUGCCGGUCCAAAUUGGCCUAUGUGUUUUUCAAAUAACCUUCCAGGUCAUGGAUAUCCUCCCAGCCUAUAGUUGUCUAUUGGGUCGCCCAUGGAUCCACUCUGCAGGAGUUGUGCCUUCCACACUGCACCAAAAACUGAAAUAUAUCAUGGGAGAUAAGUUGGUCAUAGUUUCUGGAGAGGAGGAUCUCCUUGUGAGUGGCCCAUCCUCCACCCGUUACAUAGAGGCAGCCGAGGAAGCUCUGGAAACAACUUUUCAAUCAUUAGAAAUUGUGGGAAACACCUAUGUUGAGCCAUUUCCUAUGAACCCACAUUUAUCAUGUGUCAUGCUGAAAGAAGGAUAUAAGUACGAGAAUGGUUUAGGCAAGUAUGGACAAGGACGUACAUUCCCAUUGGAGGCGAUUGAGAACAAAAACAGAUAUGGCCUGAGGUACAAGCCCAGCAAGGAAGAUAAGAAGAGGUUGAUUGAGGAAAGGAAGGAGCGUAGUUUGGCUCGGAUGGGGAAACGAGAACCAAGGGCGAGGAAAAUCCACAUUUGUGGUAUCAAAGAAAGUUUUCACAGUGCUGGAUGGGUGAACACUAGCCAUAUAGCAGUAGUGGAAGAGGAGGCAAGAUCUGAAAGCUCAAACUUCGUGUGGGUUUGCUCCCCAGAUGCACGACUCAAUAAUUGGAAGACUCUGGAUUUACCCGUGAUGUUUAAAUCAAAUGAAAUAUACGACAAUGAAUGUUUUGAAAAUGAUAAUGUCAAUAUCCCUAAGUGGGAGCACCCUGUCAUUAAUACGGAAGAUGAUUGGGAAGAUGAUCCGGAACCCUCUCCAGAGCUAUUGAGAUUAGUGGAACUAGAGUCUAAAGAGAUAAAACCCCAUCAGGAAGAAAUUGAAAUACUCAACUUAGGAGAGGAAGACGACAUAAAAGAUAUAAGGAUCGGCGCUACUAUGAAAGAAGAAGUGAAGGGAAAGUUGCGAGUCCUAUUGGUGGAAUUUAAAGACGUGUUUGCGUGGUCAUACAAUGAUAUGCCUGGUUUGGAUACCGAUAUCGUGCAGCAUAAACUUCCCCUUUUGCCAGAAUGUCUUCCGGUCAAACAGAAAUUAAGAAGAAUGAAACCCGAGAUGUCUUUGAAAAUCAAGGAAGAGGUGCAGAAGCAAUUCGAUGCAGGGUUUUUGGCUGUGGCAAAAUACCCGCAAUGGGUGGCAAACAUCGUACCAGUGCCCAAGAAAGAUGGUAAAGUUCGGAUGUGCGUAGACUACCGCGAUUUGAAUCGUGCAAGUCCAAAAGACAAUUUCCCGCUACCGCACAUCGACACUCUAGUCGAUAAUACGGCUAGGUUUUCGCUAUUUUCAUUCAUGGAUGGUUUCUCGGGAUAUAACCAGAUCAAGAUGGCGCCUGAGGACAUGGAAAAGACUACCUUUAUCACAUUGUGGGGGACGUUUUAUUAUAAGGUGAUGUCUUUUGGGCUCAAGAAUGCUGGGGCAACAUAUCAAAGGGCGAUGGUGACACUUUUUCAUAAUAUGAUGCACAAAGAGAUUGAAGUGUAUGUGGAUGACAUGAUUGCUAAGUCUGAGUCAGAAGAAAAGCAUAUUUUUAACUUGAGAAAACUAUUUGAAAGAUUGAGGAAGUUUAAACUUAGGUUGAACCCUGCUAAAUGCACAUUCGGAGUGAGAUCUGGCAAAUUGCUAGGCUUUAUUGUUAGUCAAAAGGGAAUAGAAGUGGAUCCUGACAAGGUACGAGCGAUAGCAGAAAUGCCUGCCCCUAGGACGGAAAAAGAGGUUCGAGGUUUCCUAGGUAGAUUAAACUACAUUGCAAGAUUCAUCUCUCAAUUAACCCCCACUUGUGAACCGAUAUUCAAGUUAUUGCGUAAGAAUCAGGCUUCGGUUUGGAAUGAGGGUUGUCAGGCUGCUUUUGAAAAGAUUAAGCAAUAUCUGCAAAACCCUCCGGUGUUGCGUCCACCUGUGCCAGGAAGACCACUCCUUUUGUAUUUGACUGUAUUGGAUGGAUCGAUGGGUUGUGUAUAAUUAGGUCAGCACGAUGAAGAGGGGAAAAUAGAGCAUGCUAUAUAUUAUUUGAGUAAGAAGUUCACAGACUGCGAACAACGAUAUUCACCAUUAGAACGAACUUGUUGCGCAUUGGCCUGGGCCGCUCAUCGCUUAAGGCAAUAUAUGUUAAGUCACUCUACUUGGUUAAUAUCAAAGAUGGAUCCCAUCAAGUAUAUUUUUGAGAAGCCCGCUCUCACAGGAAGGAUAGCUCGAUGGCAGGUGCUAUUGUCAGAAUAUGACAUCGUAUACGUCACUCAGAAAUCUGUCAAAGGUAGUGCGUUAGCAGAAUACCUGGCUCAUCAACCCAUUAGCGAUUAUCAGCCAAUGCAACCCGUAUUCCCUGAUGAAGGUAUCAUGGCUCUAUUCGAAGAAGACAGGAAAGACCGAGACGAAGAAACAUGGAUAUUACUAUUUGAUGGAGCAUCGAAUAUGAUGGGGCAUGGCAUAGGGGCAAUACUUAUCUCUCCAGAGCAGCAGUACAUGCCCAUGACGUCAAGGUUGUGUUUUAAUUGCACAAAUAACAUUGCUGAAUAUGAGGCCUGCGCUAUGGGUAUUCGGGCGGCAAUAGAAUCCAAACUUAAAAUUCUCGACGUAUAUGGAGAUUCAGCUUUAGUCAUCCACCAAUUGAAGGGGGAGUGGGAAACUAGGGACGCAAAAUUAAUCCCUUACCAGGCAUACAUCAAAGGAUUAAUGGAGUGUUUCGACAUCAUCACAUUUAACCACAUACCACGGGAGGAUAACCAAUUAGCAGACGCAUUGACUACUUUGUCAUCCAUGUUUGAGGUUGACCCAAAUACAGAAUUACCAGUGAUUGAAAUGAAGAGCCAUGCGGAGCCAGCAUAUUGCCAUUUCAUCAAGGAGGAGGGGGAUGGUAAACCUUGGUACUUUGAUAUCAAACACUAUCUUAAGACCCGAGAAUAUCCUGAAAAAGCAUCUGAAAACGAUAAAAGGUCGUUACGAAGAUUGGCUGGUAGCUUUAUUUUAAGUGGGGAUAUUUUAUACAAGAGAAGUCACGACAUGAUUCUCCUCAGAUGUGUAGAUGCAAAAGAAGCCGAGUUGAUAUUGAAAGAAGUGCACGAAGGUACAUUUGGCACACACAUGAAUGGGCACUCAAUGGCUAGGAAGAUCUUGAGAGCUGGUUACUUCUGGUUAACCAUGGAAAAUGAUUGUUGUACACAUGUGAGGAGGUGCGAGAAAUGUCAGAUGCAUGGAGACAAUAUCAAUAUGUCGCCCACGACUUUGAACGUGUUGUCUGCACCUUGGCCAUUUUCAAUGUGGGGGAUAGAUGUUAUUGGAGCUAUAGAGCCAAAAGCGUCAAAUGGACACCGCUUCAUACUAGUCGCAAUCGAUUAUUUCACCAAGUGGGUUGAAGCCAUUUCUUAUGCCAACGUGACUAGAAAGGUGGUGACCAGAUUCAUAAAAAAGGAGUUGAUCUGCAGAUACGGGCUGCCUAACAAGAUCAUCACUGAUAAUGCCACCAACCUAAACAACUGGAUGAUGGCGGAGUUAUGUGAGGAGUUCAAAAUUCAUCAUCUUAAUUCUUCUCCUUACCGUCCAAAAAUGAAUGGGGCAGUAGAGGCUGCUAACAAGAAUAUCAAAAAGAUUAUGCAAAAGAUGGUGGUCACCUAUAAAGAUUGGCACGAAAUGCUUCCCUUUGCUUUACAUGGAUAUCGUACAUCAGUACGAACGUCAACUGGCGCAACACCUUUCUCGCUGGUGUAUGGGAUGGAAGCAGUGCUUCCAUUUGAGGUGGAAAUCCCAUCUCUACGAAUUUUAUUGGAAACCCAAUUGGAGGAAGCUGAGUGGGUUCAAGCUCGGUUUGACCAGCUCAAUCUCAUCGAAGAGAAGAGACUGACAGCGGCGUGCCACGGGCAAUUGUACCAAAGAAGAAUAAAAAAGACUUUCGACAAAAAAGUGCGCCCGAGAGAAUUCCAUGAAGGCGAACUGGUGUUAAAGAAGAUUCUGCCUACACAAAAGGAUCUCAGAGGCAAAUGGACCCCAAAUUACGAAGGGCCAUUUGUAGUAAAAAGGGCAUUCUCUGGAGGGGCACUAAUUCUCACAAGGAUGGACGGAGAAGAGUUACCUUUACCAAUCAAUUCUGAUGCGGUAAAAAAGUUUUACGCAUGA